AUGCAUCCCAAAGAAGCUGAAGUGCUCUCAGCCUUGAAACUUCUCUGUGAUACACCUAGAGAAACAAUUCACCUUCAUCGCGAGUUGGCGUUCGAAACUUGGAGGCAAGUCGGAACAAACCUCGACAUCGCCUGGGAAAGGUUCGAUGCAGUCGCGAAUGAACGUGACGUAGAAAGAGCGGUUACGCUUUCAGUUGGGGUCACAGGUCCACCACGAUCAUCCUUCAGGGGAGAUUUAUCAGCCAAUCCUACAGACUCGAUAGAUCUGGCCGUCGAAGGAUUUCAUCGAACCCAGCGACAACGGAAACGCCAGAGAAUUGAAGAUGACUACCCAAAAGAUGACCACCUAACCAAAAUCUUACAAAUGGUGCAACAGCGACUACCUGAAAUGCAAGCCUUUUCCAAGCGGAACACCACACUCUCUGGAAUUCUACAAAUCGAACAACAUACACAGUUUACGGAUAAAAGAGUCGACCAUUUGAAGCAGAUUGACGGCAAUAAGACACCAAGCGACGAACAAAAGCUUUUGAGGGGCUUGAGCCAAAUCUCACUUGCUCAGCAAUUCACAAACUGGGAGAUCGAGCAUGGUUUCAAGUCAAAGGCCAGUAUGCAAUAUGACGCAAUACUCAAGUCUUCUAAAAUUGUCAGAAGCCGUGGGAAUAUAUCUCGCUUUAUCCGAAAUAGAGAAUAUCCUCCAUCCGAUAAAAGCGUCGUGUCGAAAGGAAUACAAAGAGGGAUCGUCCAAAUGGUGUUCAGCGGUUUAUUACAGAAUGUUCUGAAAGACACGGAAUUUGAAAACAACAUCCAAGGGGUAAUGGCUUUGGUCACAAUCUUUCAUUAUUCCCUAUUUCAAGCUUUGAAGAUCUCCGAACUGCCAGCGUUUAUUAACCUCUUGCUCGGAGAGUGCAAAGAAAAAGACACGGCUGCUACCAUGAGGGGAAAUGGCCUCUCCAAGUCAGUUAUAGCCUCUGUCGGUGACUUUUCAAAAUGGUUUCGGGAUAUUAGUUCCGAUUUCGAAUUAAUAUCCUCAUCUUGCCAUUCCGCCCGUCGUCAAGAGCCCCGACAGAAUCAGUCAGAGGUCGGACAACCCUUGACAACAAUAUUUCAUGAUCUGGCUCAAUUCGCUGUAUACCCAAAAAGAGCUACCGGAGCUCAAGAUACAGGCUCGGGAUUCGCACAACAAUUUGCAGGGCCUGAAUUUGGCCCCCACAUCGUCACGUCCUAUGUUUGA